AAUUAUUUAGAAAUUAACAAUGAGUUUGUUAAUAAAAAGUAACAACCGAAAAUGUGUGCAGGAGAAUGGUGGCAGAACGAUAUACAAACAGUGUUCGAAGACUUCAUCACCGGCGGAGGAGAUCCCGCCAGCUCUGAUGCUCUUACUAUCAACGGUCAGCCUGGUGAUCUUUACAAUUGCUCUUCUUCAGAAACAACGAAAAUAAAAGUCGAUGAAGGAAAGACAUAUAUGCUCAGAAUGGUCAACGCCGCCAUGAACAACAUUAUUAAUAGUUGGAGGCGACGGCGCCUACAUGAAACCACUCGUAUCCAAUUACAUCACCAUAGCCCCCGGCCAAACCCUAGACCUCCUCCUAACAGCUAACAAACGCGCCGGCGGCCGGUACUACAUGGCGGCCAAGCUCUUCAACGGCCAACCCAGCAGCCUAUUCGACAAUACCACAACCACCGCCAUUCUUAAAUACAACACCGGAAAUUUCACCCCAUCGUCCCGGGCGCCGGUUUUCCCUUCCCUUCCAGAUUUCAACGACAGUAACGCAUCAUUUAACUUCACUUCAAGGUUACGAAGUUUAGCCACCCCUGAACAUCCGGUCGACGUUCCAUUAAAUAUAAAAAAGACACUCCUCUACACUCUCUCCAUAAACACAGUGCCAUGUAGCGUCAAUGAGACAUGUUUAGGGCCAGGUGGGCGGCGGUUUGCAGCGAGCAUUAACAACAUAACUUUUGAUAUGCCGUCGACGUCGGUUCUGGGAGCUUACUACAGAGGAAUAAACGGUGUAUACGGGAAUGAUUUUCCAGAUGUUCCGCCAUUCAGAUUUAAUUACACGGCUAGUAGUUUGAAUAGGUCGUUGCAGUUUCCGGAAACUGGGACGGAUGUGGAGAUGUUAAAGCAUAAUGAGACGGUGGAGCUGGUGUUUCAGGGAACGAAUUUGGUUGCCGGAGUUGAUCAUCCGAUGCAUUUGCAUGGGCAUAGUUUUUACGUGGUGGGAUCGGGAUUUGGUAACUUUAACAGGAAAAGAGACUCGUUGAAUUAUAAUUUGGUAGAUCCUCCUCUUAUGCAAACCAUUGCAGUUCCUCAGAAUGGUUGGACUGCCAUUAGAUUUAAGGCAGAUAACCCUGGAGUCUGGUUCAUGCAUUGUCAUCUAGAACGUCAUGUCAGCUGGGGAAUGGGAAUGGUAUUUAUAGUAAGGAAUGGAAAAAGCUCAAAUGCUAGAAUCUUGCCUCCACCUCCCCACUUGCCUCCAUGUUAGAGCGCUUAAUUACAUAUUCUUUUAAAUUUGGAAGAGUUGGUUUUCUUUUGGUAUGAGAAAAACAAGUGUUGUCUAAAAGUAAUUUAAAUUUUACUUAAUUUGCUUUUGAGUUAUAUUUUCAAAUAUAAAAAAU